UAUGAUUGUUGCUGUGGAUUAUUAGUCUGGCUGGACCAGACCUGGACCAGCCAGACUAGUAGAUUACCGGUAUGUCGCCCAGACUAAUUAUUUUGGGGGGUAGGUUAAUUAGCUCUUUGUUUCUUCCCCGUGUUAAGGAUGAUUCUGCCUGCUUAUAGAAAUAUUAUAGGACAGUUUCUAGGAGUCGUUUGCUGUUUGUCUCCAUUCCUAGGGAUACUCUACAUGCAGAGCAGCAUCAAUGCAACUGAAGGACUUGGACUUCUCACAAACGCCACUAGCUUCUCAACUCUUAUCAUCUCCAUAUUCCUCGCUCCAUUCAUAGUCAGCGUGGCAGGGACCAAGCCCUCUCUCUUUCUCUCAUCUAUCAUUUUCACCAUUUAUACACUCUCCAAUUUCUAUCCACACUGGUUCACGUUGCUGCCUGCAGCAGCUUUGACAGGCCUCGCUCUUGGUUUACUGUGGGUCGCGAUGUACUCACACGCAACUGCCACUGCAUUAAAAUUUCAUGAUGCCCUCAAGGAGACGAAAGAAAACUGUACGGUCCUUCUUGCUAGCACCACAGGCGUAUCUGUUCAAGUGUCAGGCAUGGUGGGUGCCUCAGUCUCUUCAAUAGUACUACUUAACCUAAAGACAACAGUAAAUUAUAAUGAUAGUUUUAUAGAAAAUGAUACAAGUAGUUGUGGUGUAUACGAAGAGGGGCAUGAAGUCUCGGAUGUCUUGUAUUAUCCACUAAUUGGGAUUUACGCACUAUUAAAUAUUAUUUCGCUUUUCAUUAUUUUAGUAUUUGUGGACAAUUUCAAAUCCGAGUCGGAAUUUGUCACAAUAAAAACGCAAUUAUAUGCUUCUCUGAAAUCACUCAUUUCUUGCUUAUUUAAUGUCACCGUGAUACUUCUCUUCCCAAUGUUCACUCUUCAUGGGCUAUUACUAGGAUACAUCACUGGCGAUUUUUCAAAAGUUUUUAUUUCAGAUUGUAUAGGAGUGAAGUGGCUUGGUUUUGCCCAUGCCGCCUAUGGUCUAACAGGUGGCAUAGUCACAUUCAUGACAGGAAAAGCACUCAAGUGUAUAUCACAACCGCUAGUUGUAUUCCUAGCCUUGCUGUUAUCAACUGGUAUGUGUAUGUGCCUCCUUUAUUUGGAGAGGACACCUCAAAUACUUGUCAUCUUUUUAUUAACAAUUGGAUGGGCCGUUGGAGAGAGCAUGAUUAUGACAUUGGCACCAGGGAUCGGAGGUAUUCUGUUACCAGAAAAGAAAGAACAGCUGUUUGCUUUCUAUAGACUUGGAAUGGCAAUAGGUCUUGUCACUAGUUACACAACAGCUAUUCUUAUGGAGACAUGCCAACAGAUAUGGCUUGUCAUUGGAAUAAUACUACUCACUGGAAUCUGUUACAUAGUAUUGCAGAUAAGUGAAAGACUCAAGAAAAAUAAGACAAGUGACAAUAAUCCUACUGUAGUUUAAUCAAUCUAUUAAUAAUAGAAUUAUCUUUAUUACUUAUUUAUGUGAUUAAUAUUAUUAUGCCUGUAUUUUUAGCUCACUUAUUUUCUGUUCAUAUACACUAUAUACACUGUUUUAUGUACUUGUAUGCAUUCUCAGUAUUACUUGAUUUUUGAGACAUUAAAAUGUCCCAAUAAUAAUUAAUUUAAGUAUCAA